AACACAGCCGUCCGAGAGCUCUCCACGAACAGACAUCGACUUCCCUCGCAUUCCAGUCUUCCGAUAAACUUAGGAUUUGAUUCCGAGAGAGAAAGGAGAAGCUGCAGGAUCCAUGGACCGAUCGGUCGGAAUCCGCGGCUCUUUGAUCUUGUUACGGCCAAUGCCCGCAGGGGAGGACUUUGGUCAGCAGAUGAUGGAAAUUUUCAUCAAGUCGAUCUAGAAGAAGCAUGGAAACAACACCAGCAAGGAGUGAGUGUGAAGGUGCCUAGAAAGCUUUGAGCAAUCUGCACCAGGCACAUUAAUUCAAGAAAUCGAGCAACGAUUAUUCCAGGUAGAUUAUGGGGCCAGUAAAGAAGGAGGCUAUGGAAGAUGCUGGGCUGGAGAAGCACCGGAUUGAUGAAAUUGUUCUUAUUCAUCGGAUCGCCAGCAUUCAUAAAGUUCAGCAGCUCCAAAAAGGUGUGACCUACAUGAGGCAGUUGCAUAUGGUGCUACCGUCGGUGGAAGAAUCCUCAGUGGAGAGGAUGGAGAAGUAACCAAGGUAAUUGCAUCACUACACUAGUUCCUUGCAGGCCAUCACACGCUGCAUCACUACACUGCUUUCUCUACCAUGCCAACCUACCUUACCUUAACCAAUAUGCUGUUUUUUCCCUUUUCCUAUGCUCUAAUUUGUGAUGUAGCCCCCAACGCAGAGAUACUCGAAUUGGAUGUUCCAUCCUUACUCUUAAAAUUUAGACUGUUGGUGGAAUGAUGACUAAGCUUAUCCAAAGAAAUACUGUCAUCCCAACCAAGUAAUCUCACCACUAAGCAUGAUCAGUAGACUACUGUCACCAUUCGGGCUGUAGGUUGCUUGCAAAUUUCACCCACAGGAAUUCCACCAGCUCCCAGGUACACAGUAACCUGCAUUGUGAAGAGCAAUCAGUACGUUUUUACUGUGACAUCAGGACAAAAAUGUCGCAAGCACAAACAGAAACAUACUGAGCUUACUGACACUCGAAAUAGAAAACCAUUCACCACCUACUCCACACUGAUAACCCCAAACCUCAAGAGAUUCCCUUCCCCACCCUGUCAAGCAAGCUUGCUCAUGGUCGAACGCCAGUAUGAGGUUGCAUCAGCCGCUGCAAUGGAUCCUCCUCUUCUUCUUCCUUUUGGCCGCCUCCUUCGAUCCCCUGGCCACCAGCCUCUCCAGUGAUGAUGCCCAACUCCCCAAGGUGCCAUGCGAGUCCCCGUACUACUCCUCCUUCCCCUUCUGCAACACAUCCCUCCCCGUCGCCGUUCGCGCCCGCAACCUCGUCUCCCUCCUCACCCUUCCGGAGAAGAUCCAGCAGCUCUCCAACACCGCCGGUGCCGUACCCCGCCUCGGCCUCCCGACCUUCGAGUGGUGGUCCGAGUCCCUCCAUGGCAUCGCGGUCAACGGCCCCGGCGUCGCCUUCAACGGCUCCGUCCGCGCCGCCACCGAGUUCCCCCAGGUCAUCCUCACUGCCGCCGCCUUCAACCGUACGCUGUGGCGCGCCGUGGCCCGCGCCAUCGCCGUCGAGGCCCGGGCCAUGUACAACGUCGGCCAGGCCGGCCUCACCUACUGGGCACCCAACAUCAACAUCUUCCGGGACCCGCGGUGGGGCCGGGGCCAGGAGACGCCCGGCGAGGACCCGCUUGUGGCGUCCGAGUACGCCGUCGAGUACGUGAAGGGAUUCCAGGGGGAGUACGACAACGGCGAAGCCGGCAGCAGUUCUAUGAUGCUUUCCGCCUGCUGCAAGCACUACACCGCUUAUGAUUUGGACAGAUGGAGCAAUUACACCAGAUAUAUCUUCGAUGCGCAGGUGACGGAGCAGGACAUGGAGGACACAUACCAGCCUCCAUUUGAGAGCUGCAUCAAAGAAGGUCAUGCGAGUUGUCUCAUGUGUGCCUACAAUCAGGUCAAUGGUGUGCCUGCUUGUGCUCGGGGUGACCUCUUAGAGAAAGCACGAAAAGAAUGGGGAUUCGACGGAUAUGUUACCUCCGACUGUGAUGCUGUUGCGAUAAUUUAUGAAGAUCAGCAGUACUCCUCUUCACCUGAAGAUUCGAUUGCUUCUGUUCUAAAAGCAGGAAUGGAUAUCAAUUGUGGAACGUAUCUGCUUCGGUUCACUGAGUCAGCAGUUAAGUCGGGAAAGGUUCAAGAAGAAGACAUCGACCGAGCACUACUUAAUCUGUUCUCUGUUCAGCUGAGACUUGGGGUCUUCGAUGGUGACCAUGCAAAGAAUCGAUUUGGGCACCUAGGACCCAAGAAUCUCUGUACUCAGGAGCACAGGGAGCUCGCUCUCGAAGCAGUGAGACAGGGCAUUGUCCUUUUGAAGAAUGAAGAAGGUCUUCUUCCCCUAAGGAAGCAUGAGGUGAGUUCUGUGGCAAUAAUCGGUCCGGCUGCCAGUUACACAAGCGUAUAUGGUGGUGAUUACACAGGCUUUCCUUGCAAUCCAACAAGCUUUUUGGAAGGCCUCCGAUCAUAUGUUCCAAGAACAACAUUUGCUGCUGGUUGCAUGGAUAUGCCCUGUGAAACAACGGUUGGAUUUGAGGAAGCUGUUGACAUUGCCAAAGAUGCUGACAUAGUCGUCAUGGUUGCUGGACUCAAUCUAACAGAAGAAACGGAAGAUCUUGAUCGGCACAGCCUCCUGCUGCCGGGCAAGCAGAUGGAUCUCGUAAGGUCCAUCGCCAGUGUGAGUAAGAAACCACUGAUACUAGUCCUAAUCGGUGGUGGACCUAUCGAUGUCUCGUUCGCAAAAGAAGAUCCAUUAGUUGCUAGUAUUCUUUGGAUUGGAUACCCAGGUGAAGUUGGUGGGCAAGCACUUGCAGAGGCUCUCUUUGGAGAUCUCAACCCAGGGGGUAGGCUGCCUGUGACUUGGUACCCGGAGUCCUUUACCAGUGUCCCUAUGACCGAUAUGAACAUGAGAGCUGAUCCUUCACGAGGUUACCCUGGGCGAACGUAUCGAUUCUACACAGGGAAGGCAGUCUAUGAGUUCGGAUAUGGGUUGAGUUAUUCCAACUACUCUUAUAAGUUCUUAUCGAUGCCUGAAAAGAUUAGACUGGCACGAUCAUCUGCUAUGAGAGGUAGGCUGGAUGUCGUGCAUAUUGAGGAGGUCGCGUCCUGCGAUGCUAUGAGAUUUCAUGUACAGGUAUCAGUCAUCAACAAUGGUGGUGUGGAUGGGAGUCACACUGUUCUACUGUUUUAUAGAUCAGGAACAAACGUCAGAGGCGUUCCACAGAAGCAAUUGAUUGGCUUCGAGCGUGUGAGAACAACAUGCUAUGAAGCUACGGAAGUUACGAUCUUGGUUGAUCCUUGCAAGCAUCUUAGCACGGUGAAUGAGCAUGGCCAACGGGUUCUACCACUGGGAGCUCAUGUGAUAAUGUUGGAAGAUUUGGAGCACAAGUUAGUCAUCGAGGAAGAGGAGACGAAGAUGCACGAUGAGCUCUAAGAUUGUGUUGUUGGCUGACAAAUAAAUUUAGAUGGGAGACUCGUCAUGCUGUAAUGCUGUAACAUUUGGGGACUUUGAAACUGUUUUCAACUCUGCUCCUUUGGGCUGUUAGUCUGUAGAGCUUCUAGCCCACCCCACACCUUUUGGUGUUAGGCUUUUAACGUGGAGGAUGUCGGUAAUUAAUAGAUCAGCUUGGUUCAAAUAUUUGUGCCGAAGAAAUCUGAUGAUGUAAUCGAAGGUGGCUAGGAUAUUCGUUUGGUGUU